AGAGGUCCGGCGGUCAGCAAGAAAUGCUACGGUUCAUGGUGGUGGCGCUGCUGAUGGUGGCGGGAAGCGAAGGGAUGAGAAUGGCGAAGGCGCCAAUGGUGGAGAUGAGGCUGGGAGGAGGCAUGAGAGGGGCAAUGCACUCUACUCCGCUCACGAGGAGACACGAGGAUAUGCUGCUGUUGAACAAGCCUCCUGCUCUUGCUCCAGGUUGUCCGGGUUCCAUCCGCUUGAGAGGAGGAGCAGCCCGAGGGCCCAGCAUGUCGCUCUCUCUUCCUGAGUAUGCUAAGAUGGGGAGCUUGGUCUACGGCAUUAUUGUCGGCGCGGGAGGGCUGGUGGCAGGCAUAAGAAGCGGCAGCAAGCCUUCGAUCAUAUCAGGAGUAAUUUCGUCCAUCCUCCUCAUCUUCGCUUACAUGCAAGACAACAUGAAGCUGGCGCUUGCGACCUCCUCGGCCCUCUGCCUUGUCUUCGGGAUCCGAUUCUACAAGACGAGGAAGGCGAUGCCUGCUGGCGUGCUCGGGACUGCCAGCCUGCUCUUCUCGUUGCUGUUCGGGAUGGGAAUCAAGUGGUGAGGCGAGGCGAGGAGGCGCGAGUAAGGGAUGAUUAACUUUACAUGGAUUACGAAAUAACAUGUGUUCUAACUUUG